CUAAUUGGCCCGGGCGGCGGCCCCGCCCGCGAGUGGUGAGCGGUCACGUGACGCGACGGCUGGGGGCUCCCGGCGCGGGGGACGCUGGUGGCCAAGAUGGCGGCGGAGCUGGUGGAGGCCAAAAACAUGGUGAUGAGUUUUCGAGUCUCCGACCUUCAGAUGCUCCUGGGUUUCGUGGGCCGGAGUAAGAGCGGACUGAAGCACGAGCUCGUCACCAGGGCCCUCCAGCUGGUGCAGUUUGACUGUAGCCCCGAGCUGUUCAAGAAGAUCAAGGAGCUGUACGAGACCCGCUACGCCAAGAAGAACUCGGAGCCUGCCCCACAGCCGCACCGGCCCCUGGACCCCCUGACCAUGCACUCCACCUACGACCGGGCCGGCGCCGUGCCCAGGACUCCGCUGGCAGGCCCCAAUAUUGACUACCCCGUGCUCUACGGGAAGUACUUAAACGGACUGGGACGGUUGCCCGCCAAGACCCUCAAGCCAGAAGUCCGCCUGGUGAAGCUGCCGUUCUUUAAUAUGCUGGACGAGCUGCUGAAGCCCACCGAAUUAGUCCCACAGAACAACGAGAAGCUUCAGGAGAGCCCGUGCAUCUUCGCAUUGACGCCAAGACAGGUGGAGUUGAUCCGGAACUCUAGAGAACUGCAGCCUGGAGUUAAAGCCGUGCAGGUCGUCCUGAGAAUCUGUUACUCAGACACCAGCUGCCCUCAGGAGGACCAGUACCCACCCAACAUCGCUGUGAAGGUCAACCACAGCUACUGCUCGGUCCCGGGCUACUACCCCUCCAAUAAGCCCGGGGUGGAGCCCAAGAGGCCGUGCCGCCCCAUCAACCUCACCCACCUCAUGUACCUGUCCUCGGCCACCAACCGCAUCACCGUCACCUGGGGGAACUACGGCAAGAGCUACUCGGUGGCCCUGUACCUGGUGCGACAGCUGACCUCGUCGGAGCUGCUGCAGAGGCUGAAGACCAUUGGGGUGAAGCACCCGGAGCUGUGCAAGGCGCUGGUGAAGGAGAAGCUGCGCCUCGAUCCCGACAGCGAGAUCGCCACCACCGGUGUGCGGGUGUCCCUCAUCUGCCCGCUGGUGAAGAUGCGGCUCUCUGUGCCCUGCCGGGCAGAGACCUGUGCCCACCUGCAGUGCUUCGACGCCGUCUUCUACCUGCAGAUGAACGAGAAGAAGCCCACCUGGAUGUGCCCCGUGUGUGACAAGCCAGCCCCGUAUGACCAGCUCAUCAUUGAUGGGCUCCUCUCGAAGAUCCUGAGCGAGUGUGAGGACGCCGACGAGAUCGAGUACCUGGUGGAUGGCUCGUGGUGCCCGAUCCGCGCUGAAAAGGAGCGCAGCUGCAGCCCGCAGGGUGCCAUCCUCGUGCUGGGCCCCUCAGACGCCAAUGGGCUCCUGCCCGCCCCCAGCGUCAAUGGGAGCGGUGCCCUGGGCAGCACGGGUGGCGGCGGCCCGGUGGGCAGCGUGGAGAAUGGGAAGCCGGGCGCCGAUGUGGUGGACCUCACUCUGGACAGCUCAUCAUCCUCAGAGGAUGAGGAGGAGGAGGAAGAGGAGGAGGAAGACGAGGACGAAGAGGGCCCUCGGCCCAAGCGCCGCUGCCCCUUCCAGAAGGGCCUGGUGCCGGCCUGCUGACCCCGGCCGCACACUCGACUUUCCUGGUGCUCACCACGCAGAGGGGCGCGGGCCAGCCUUGGCGCAGAGGGAGGAGUGACCUUUCUUUUUCUUUUUCUUGUCGUUUGUUUUGUUUUUCCACCCUUUUGCCUGGCUCCUGGCACCUGUACCUCUGGACUCUCCUAUCGGGGGAUUAAAAAAAAAGUAAAAUGACAAAAAAAGAUACAAAAAAGAAAAAUGAAACAAAAAAGUCAAACUCUUAAAAACAAGGCCGGCCACCCACACAGCCGCCUCCCCGGCUGGAGUCCCAGCCGGGAAGGGGUAGUGGGCGGGAGGGACCAGGACGCCGCCCCACGCCUUCCCCUCUGGAUGCCCCGCCGCCCGCCACCCUCUUCCCACGACCAUUCCAGCCAGCGCGCAGGGACCCGGGCGGCGGGCGGUGGGGCGCAGCCCCUCUCUGGCGACCACUUUGACGUUUGUCUCUUCCUUUGCUUUUUCUCUGCAAAUGCAUCCUCGCCCAGAGACCCUCACGCACUGAGCAGCGAACGUUUUAGCCAAGAAGCCAUGGAGUGGGUUGGGGCAGGGAGGGGCAGUGGGGUGGGGGGAUGGGUGGGCAGGAUGGGGGUACGGUGGGUGGCUGGGGAGGGUUUAGCCACAGAUGUGUUGUAUUUUUUGAAAGUGCAAUAAUUUGGUAUUUUGAAGACCCGGUGUGUGGCCAGGAACCCCUGGGGAAGGCGGGGGCCCAGGGUGCGGCACCGUGUGGCGUGGGGGGGUCUCAGUUUUCUAGCCAGCUACCUCGGUAACUCCAAUUCAGGUUAACUUCCCUACGGAACAGCACAGAUGUCCACAGAUGUCCACAGCUGCCACCGCCGCCGCCACCAUACCCCGGUCCUUGGGGCAUGGGGGGCGGUCACUUCCCAAGGGGCAGCAGGGACUCCGGCCACCCCGGCUCUCAGUUUGGGUUGAUUCCUCUCCUUUUUGCUCUUGGUUUUCCGGUGGGUACGAGGCUGGCCCAGCACCCUGUCCCCCGGGAGCCUCACUCUUCCAGCAGGACCAGACCAGGGGCCUCCUUCCUGGCCCCUCACAGGCCCCACCCAUGCCCUUGGCCUCAGGGUCCAACAACUGGGGGAGCUUCCAGGGCUCUGCCUCCAGGAGCCCACAGCUGGGCACCCCCCUUUCCCCCCAGGAGACCGGGGCGCAGGCGGGGCACUGGCCUCACCUGGUUCUCCAACACCGCUGCCUGCGGUCUGUUUUGCUUUUGUCCUCCCCAGCCCAGAAUUUUCCUUUGUAUAAACAGAACUUCUAGUCAGGAAGCAAUAUCAUUUCAGGUCUAAAGAAAGGGACGUGCAUCUGGCCGAGGGCAGUUCAGUCUCACUGCAGAGCCCGCAGCCCGCUGCGCAGCUCGGCCCCUCCCGCCCACACGGGCAGCUGAAGGCCGCUGUUUUCUAAUAUUUGUAUUCUAAUUUAAUUGUUUUUAAAAAAUGCAAAUAAAAAAGGUCGAGGUGAAGCCA